AUGGUCUCUCAGGCCCAUGUUCUCGAUCGCCCUAUGCCUCCGCGAAAUGCGACUUCCUCUGUGGUGUCGCGUCACAGCCGUCGACGUUCUGGCCACUCUCACCACGGCGGCACCACUCGGCAAUCGCAGAAUGAUUUUCCCAUUUUCACGCAUACGGGCGACGUCGAAAUUGUUAUACGCGCGGGAGGACAAGAGAAGCGAUACUUGUUACAUCGGUUGAUAUUAGCGCAGUGUUCAGGGUUCUUCGCGGCUAGUACCAGCGAGGAGUGGUCAAGGCAGCCUGUAUCAGCUGUAUCAGCCCCCCCAAAGCCAGAUGGUAGUGCUAUGUCGCGGAUGACCGAGGAUGAUACACUAUCUACUGGAUCGACCCUUGCGCAAUCGGAUGUUGGAGGGAUGUCUCGUCCGAUCGAAAAGAGAAGGUUGAGGUUUGAGCUGGAUUGGCAGAACAAAGCAGAAGACGAGGAACCGAUUCUCGUCCAGAAGCCACCAAGCUUUUCUUCAGCCUUUGCGAAUGCGGUUCAACCACCUCCGGCAGUGACAAAGCCAUCGGGGUCACAAGCAGGUUUCUUCCGUUCAAUGGCGAACUUGACGGGCAUGCAGUCAACGAACAAUUUGCCUCAUAACACAUCAGACGAGCCUCAGCACCCGCUCAUUCGCGACUACGAUAACCUCUUCCGUCUAUUCUACAACCAUUUCCCGACCUUGAACAGCGUCAAUAUCGCGACGGCCUACGCGGAAUCCAAGUGUCUCCUCGGUCUGGCCGACAUGUACGACGCUUUACCAGUCACAGGCCCCCGGGUUGACCAUCACCUCCUGGGCUUCGGAACACGACUAUUCAAACAAAUCGCCAAAUACCCACCCAGCUACCUGAAACUAGGCUACAUGGCGCGCAGCCGAGUCGUCUUCUCAGAAGCACUAAUCCACGUCGUCGGCCAAUGGCCAGCCGCCCUAUCCCACCUACGCAACGGCUCCUACCCCUCCGUCCCAGACUCCGUCCUCGACAUCAUCGAAGACAAAGUCGAAGAUCUAGAAGACAUGAAAGCCCGCGUCGACUCUAAGCUCUUCCGCUUAACCCUCACCACCUCGCGCGGCGAACGCGUGAACCCCAACAACGCAUACCUAGACUGGCUCGCCGUCUCCCUCUUCCGCCAAUGGCUCGUCGAAAGCACAACUCCACCUCCAGCCUCAAUCCUCAAGAACUCGCCCACCCCGCACCAAACACACCAUCGACACACUGAAUCCUCCACAUCAUCGUCCCACAGACCACCGUCCGUAGGCCAUUCUUCUGCUUCACCGUCGCCAGCGAAGGUAUACCGCCUCAUCGGCUCCUCAUCCUCACAAGCGUAUCUGGGCCAUGACGAUCUCAAGCGCUUUCUCAAGGUCCAUCCGACGCCGUCGUCGGACUCGCUCUAUACGCGGGAUGUGCUUAAGCGCUUCGAACGCAAAAUGGAUGAGAUUAAACGGCUUGCUAGGGAGAUUGUUAAGCCGUUGAUGCGGAAUUUCCUCGAGCUUGAUCUUAAGGGCACUGCGAGUGGGACUGCGAGUGCUGAGCAGGGGAGCAGAACUAUGGAGUUGCCGUAUUUGACUUGUACGAAAAUUGAGGAUGCGGAUAUUCCGUGGAGGUGA